AUGGACCGUAUGUUCGGAGAACCAGACAUUGACAACAACCAACCGCAGCAGCAGGAACGCAAUUUACACUCGGAAAGUAUGGCGCACCCAAAACCAAACCCGCGUGACAAUCCUUGGACACCACCAGCUGUCUCGAACUCAUCUCCUGGUAGCGAAAUAUCGCCUCUUAGUGGUUUGGUACCGAACGGCACCAAUGUCGCACGAUCUUCAUACUCAACGGCCUCUUCCUGUGAAGAAUCAUGGGCGGGUAGCUCUGCAGAUCACGAUGAGGUCGACAGAGAGCUGAACUGGGAUGAAUGGGAUCAAGGGUCCGUUUCGGCGCUGAUUAUUCCCAAAAAUGAGCCUGCGGAUGAAGACGACGUGGCCAUGUCCGAGUUCAAAGCCGUUACAUUAGCCCCGGAGUCAGGCACCGUUGUACCCGUCCAAAAGAGAGGGCGAGGACGUCCCAGGAAGAAUCCUAUCCCGGCACCAACCAAUGGCAUCAAAGUCACCAAGGGACGCACCAAGACUGGAUGCAUCACUUGUCGCAGGAGAAAGAAGAAGUGCGACGAAGCCAAACCUGCGUGUAUGAACUGCGAGAAAAAUUCUGUAUUUUGUGAAGGAUAUAAUGAGAAGCAAAUAUGGAGGAGCGGCAAGGAGCGCGCCGAGGAAGGACGUGCCAAUAGGGAAACAUUGCCACUCCUAACACUUCCGGCACUCAUCCAAGGGCUGGACACUCCCGAGGAUAGGUUGUUUCUGGAUCAUUACAUCACCCGUCUCAGCACCGUGCUGACUGUUGAACCCGAGUCUCAAAACGCGUUCAAGAGCAUCCUUCUCAAUCUCGCCAUAAGGGAGAAAGGACUCUUACACUCGAUUUUGUCUAUCAGCAGUAUCCACAUUGAUCUGGAGACACCCUAUGGCGAAGCUCUCUUGAAGCGAAACCCCGCGAUCUCGAGAAAGUCGCUCCAAGCGCGGUCUGAGCAUCACACCACGGAAGCGCAAAAUUAUGGCCUGCCCACCCCCGCCCCGACACACGGGACCAGCUCAAGCCGCCCGCCGUCGCCACCUCCCUCACGGAGGCCCUCGCAGGACGACAAGCGGGUUACGACAUCGAUAUCGGACGCGUUGCACAUUCUCGAGUCGUUUGGGCCAACCGACCAGUGUCAGACGCUAUUGCUGAUCCCUUGCUUGCUCAUCGGCACGGCCUGCUUCGACCCGGCCCUGCGCCCGCGGAUCCGCGCGGCGGUGCAGACGGUUCGCGAGUACACGGGCCUGCGCAACGCGGACAGGGUGCAGGAAGUCCUCAACGAGACCUGGGCUCUGAUGGAUGUCGGCGAUUGGGCUGCGGUGUGGGAUUGGCAGUCCGUUGCCCGGCGCAAAGGCCUCGAUUUUCUAUGCUCGUGA